AUGGCGGCGCUGCCAAAGCGGAUCAUCAAAGAGACUGAGCGUCUCAUGGCAGAGCCAGUACCGGGCAUCAAUGCGGUUCCCCAUGAAGAAAACCUGCGGUAUUUUGACGUAACAAUCCACGGUCCGGCCCAGUCUCCUUAUGAGGGGGGCAUUUUUCGAGCUGAGCUUUUUCUUCCCGAUGACUAUCCGAUGACGCCUCCCAAAGUUCGAUUUUUGACGAAGAUAUAUCACCCGAAUAUUGACCGAUUGGGGCGUAUUUGCUUGGAUGUUUUGAAAAACAACUGGUCCCCUGCUUUGCAAAUCCGCACGAUCCUUCUUUCAAUCCAAGCCUUGCUGGGUGCUCCAAACCCGGACGAUCCGCUUGCUAAUGACGUAGCGAAGCGGUGGAAGGAGGAUGAGCAAGCAGCAAUUCAGACCGCCAAGGAAUGGACAAGAACGCAUGCGAUGGCCUAA